AUGUCCAAUCAAACAAACCAGACCCAACUGCCAAUGGACCCUGACCUCGCCAACCUCCCCCCAAUCCCAGGGCACAUCACGCAGGUCCCCGAAGAUAUCUUCGAGGACUUUGAUAGGACACUUGAGUGGCUGGAGCAAUACGAGGGGCUCGCUACUGACGGUGCAAUUCAACCCCCUGAUUAUGACCCGAGCGUGCUCAUGGCAGAUAUGGGCAUCACCGAUCUGGUGACGGCCGCACCGCUCUCGUAUGACGACAUGGCGGCUCUACUUCCCGACGAGUUCUUUGGGGACUUUGAUAAGAAGAUCGAGUGGUUGUCACAGGGUGGGCUCCACUUUGGAGAGACUUCUACGGACACUAACGAGCCAGUUGUGGAGGAGGAGCUCACGCCGCCCACGGGUCCUACGGUGACCAUGACUGGGGCCCUGACUGGAUCCUCUACUUCUAGCUCUGCCACUCCUCUUGCGGACGCAAGGAACACCCCAACAGACACCCCAGCGGACACCACCAAGCCGGCGGUGCGUAGGAGCGCGAGAGUCGCCCAACGUCUGCAGGCUUCUGCGUCCUCGGGGGCCGCGAUGGAUCCUCCUAAUUCUGAUGGCGUUGAACAUACCGGCGCCGUGCGAGUUCCUACUUCGAGAAAACCCUCGACAAGGGGGAAGCAACCGGUACGUGAAGUCCCAAUGCUAACAAGGCAUGCAGAUACAAAUUCCAUUCCCUUGGGUGCCGAUAACCACGACAGUAUUCGCCUGAGCACUCAGGCACGAGGUGGGCUAUCCUCCAAUAGCGAGCCACUGGUCCCCAUCCCCAUGCCCAGCACUGACGCUGGCCAAAGCAGUGCACGAAUGACGCUUCGGCAAGCGUUGGCAAAGAUCAAGGCCCUCGAGGCGCUGCGGCGAGAGGACAUGCAAAGGCUUAAUGCGACACAGGCGACUGUGGAUCUAGCCGAGUCCACGAAGCAGCGCGAGGAGGCCGAGCACAACGCAACAAAACACCAACUAAAUCAGACCGAGGCCCAGCUGGCGCAGCUGCAUAGGCAGCUUAGGCAUGCUUGGGGUGAAGUCGGGACGCUGCGCGAUGCCCAGAUGAAUCUUGGCCGGAAGCUUGCCCAGAAUAAGACGGUGAUCACGGAGGUUAUGAUGACCAAGAUUCACCACGAGCUGCCGAUGCUGCAGCAGGCCGUAAGAGACGGCUCGCAGGGUGAUAAAGGCUACGGUUAG